AUGGUCAACUUUAACAACCUCCUGCAGUACCUCUCCCUGCAGUCACCACUGCCCUCUUCCUCCUCUGCAUCACUCUCCAACCUCAACAUCACCGAAACACUCACCAAAAUGGGCCUCACUACUUACACCCUCCCCUCUCUCCCCUACGCCUACGAUGCGCUCGAGCCACACAUAUCCGCACAAAUAAUGGAACUCCAUCACGCCCGCCACCACCAAGCCUACGUGACCAAUCUCAACGCCGCCCUUGUGUCUCACGCAACCGCGCUCGCUGAGGGGGAUGUAGCUGCCCAAAUCUCCCUGCAGCAGGCCAUCCGCUUCCACGGCGGGGGGCAUAUCAACCACUCGCUUUUCUGGCGCAACCUGGCUCCUGCGGGGACCGCUGAGACGGCCGACCCGGCUCAGGCAGCGCCGGAGUUGGUAGCCGAGAUUGGGAAGGUAUGGGGCGGGUUGGCGGAGUUUAAGAAGGCGUUUGGAGCUGCGCUGUUGGGGAUUCAGGGAAGUGGAUGGGGGUGGUUGGUGAAAGAGACGGGUGAGGGCGGGAGGUUGCGGAUUGUGACGACGAAGGACCAGGAUCCUGUGGUGGGCGGACAGGUGCCUGUGUUGGGGGUGGAUAUGUGGGAGCAUGCGUAUUAUCUUCAGUACUUGAACGGCAAAGCCGCCUACGUUGAGAAUAUUUGGAACGUCAUCAACUGGAAGACGGCGGAGGAGCGGUUUGCUGGGAGAUCGGAGGAGAAGACCGAACUCUGA